AGACCUGAUAGUGUCUCUGAUUCUAAUUCAUACACUGUGUUGUGCAGGACGAAAUCUGCCUUGCUCUCUUCUUUAAAUGCUGUGAAAACAAGUUUGUAUGACGUAGUUUCAACAUCGCUUUCUUUCAGAUAUCUCCAUUGGCGCGGACUACUGAUGAUGCAGAGCCCACAGAGAACAAUGGGGAAGAAUCUCCAUUUCAUCAUAAUCCCACCUCCUUUCCAGGGCCACAUUAACCCUUCAAUUCAACUAACCCUAAAGCUUGCAUCGAAGGGCUUCACCAUCACCUUCGUCAACACCCACUCCACCCACGACAAAAUCACCAAGACUUGCGACGAUGAUGUGUUCGCCGGUGCUCGAGAAUCGGGCCUGGACAUUCGUUACAGGACUAUCAGCGACGGGUUCCCGCUAACCUUUGACCGAUCUUUGAACCGGGAGCAGUUCUUAGAAGGCCGGCUUCAUGUAUAUCCGGCGCACGUCGAUGAACUGGUUGGGCAACUGUCGGGGUCGGAUCACCCACCCACCUGCUUGGUUGUCGACACAUUUUCGACUUGGGGAUCCAACAUUGCCUGGAAAUAUGGACUUGUCUACGUCUCGUUCUGGGUUCAGCCUGCUCUAGCGUUGACGGUAUACUACCACCACGAGUUGUUGAAGAAAAAUGGGCAUUACGGUUGUACAGAUACCCGCAAGGAUACCAUCGAUUACAUACCAGGUGUGAGGUUCUUGGAGCCAACAGACCUAAUCUCAUUUUUCCAGGAAACUGAUACUUCGACAGCUAUGCAUCGACUUAUCCAAAAAGCCUUUGCAGAUGUAAAAAAUGCUGAUAUCAUUAUCUGCAACACUAUGGAAGAACUCGAGCCUGAAGCUAUUUCUGUGCUGAAAGAGAAGCAGACUGUGUAUACGAUUGGCCCCUUAUUUCCAUCUCAGUUCACCGACCAAUCUGUGGAGAUGGAUCUAUGGCCUGACUCGGAUUGCAGCCGCUGGCUUGACAGCAAGCCUCCGGGCUCGGUCCUGUAUGCUUCGUUUGGAAGCUAUGCCCAUAGCAAUAAAGAAGAUAUCAGGGCCAUUGCAGAUGGGAUAAUGGUAAGCGGGGUGAGUUUUAUUUGGGUGCUGAGGCCUGGCGUUGUGAAUUGUGAGGCUGUCGACUAUUUUCCGGAUGGGUUUCAUGAAAUUGUGGGAAACAUAGGUUUGGUGGUUCCAUGGUGUAAACAGAAGAUGGUUUUAUCACAUUCUGCAGUCGGAGGAUAUUUGACACAUUGUGGAUGGAAUUCAAUAUUGGAAAGCAUAUGGGUGGGAGUGCCGCUAAUAUGUUUCCCCUUGUUAGGCGAUCAAACCAUCAAUCGGAAGCUUGUGGUUGACGAUUGGAAAAUAGGAAUCAACCUUUGUGAAGGGAAAUUUGUUUCAGGCGAUCAAGUAGCCGAAAGGAUUAAGCUGGUAAUGAACAGGGAGACGUCGCAUGUAUUGAAGAAGAACAUCGAGCAGGUUAGGAAAACAUUGGAGAAUGCAGUAGGAAGUAAUGGGACAUCACGGGUUAAUUUUGAAAAUUUUGUCGAUGAUGUCCAAGCCAGAAGUUUUGCUAAAAAUUAGCCCGUUUGAUGCUUAACUCCUUUGUACAGUAGUCUCAAUUUUCACUGCAGUCUUGAUGGAUAAGGAUUGUUUUGCCUUGGAUUUUUGUAGUUAAGGUAAGUGUCUUUAUCUAAUGUAGACUGCAUUGCUCUCAUCCUUCAAACUCAAGUUGCAAUUUU